AUGGCACCUGGCACGGAUGUAGCCGUUCCUGACAGACCUGAAUCUUCUCAUAAAGAUGAAGACCGGUCUGAUGAUGAACUGGAAGAAUAUGAUUUGGAAAACUAUGAUGAAGAGGAAUACACAGGUGAUUUAAAACUUGGAGACUCUUUGGCUGCUUUAACAGUGUAUGGGAGCAAUGAUCAUGAUCCUUACAUCACUCUCAAAAGCACUGAUCAGUAUGAACAGGAGGACUUUUUGAUUAAGCCCAGUGACAAUCUUGUCCUUUGUGGCAGAGUUGAUAAAGACUACUGUAGUUUGGAAGUUCAUGUUUAUAAUCAUGAAGAGGACUCAUUUUAUGUGCAUCAUGAUAUUCUCUUGCCUGCUUACCCUCUAAGUCUGGAGUGGUUGAAUUUUGAUCCUAGUCCUGAUGAAUCACUAGGAAAUUAUGUUGCAGUGGGUAACAUGACCCCAGUUAUUGACAUUUGGGACCUUGAUAUAGUAGAAUCCUUAGAACCAGUCUUUUCUCUUGGAAGCAAGAAAGAGAAAAAGAAGAAGAAGAAAGGAAAGAAAAGUUUAUCUUCAGAAGAGACAGUGAAAGGACAUACUGAUGCUGUGCUUGAUCUUUCAUGGAAUAAACAAAGCAGGAAUGUUUUAGCAAGUGCAUCUGCUGACAAUACUGUGAUUCUGUGGGAUAUGUCUGUGGGUAAUCCAGCAGCCAGCCUGAUGCUACAUACAGACAAGGUCCAGACAGUGCAGUUUCAUCCAUUUGAAACUCAGACCCUUAUUUCUGGAUCUUACGAUAAAUCAGCUGUGCUGUAUGAUUGCAGAAACCCACAAGAUAACCAUCGAGUGUGGCGGUUUAGUGGUCAGGUUGAAAGAGUAACCUGGAAUCAUUUCUCCCCAUGUAAUUUCUUAGCAAGCACAGAGGAUGGCUUUGUCUACUGUCUGGAUGCUCGUGCUGAUAAGCCACUGUUUACUCUGAAGGCUCAUGAUGAAGAGGUGUCAGGGCUACAACUAAGCAGUCAAAUCAAAGGGUGCCUUGUGACAUCAUCUGCUGACAAAUUUGUGAAAAUUUGGGAUAUCCUGGGAGACAGACCGAGUUUAAUCCAUUCUAGGAAUAUGAAAAUGGGUGUUCUUUUCUGUGCAGCUUGCUGCCCUGAUUUCCCAUUUGUAUUUGCCUUUGGAGGAGAGAAAGAAGGGCUACGUGUUUGGGAUAUAAGCAAGGUUUCUGCAGUGAAUGAAGUUUUUGGAAACAGAGAGAGACUUGUUCUGGCUAAUUCCAGCUCUGUGGCUCACAGCUCAACGGCCAGGAGUAGCAGCAACUACUCAGAGACACCAAUGGAAUCAUGAUGGACCAAACAUCACAUAAUCAAAGUAAUUAAUGGGACUACAACUAAUGUGCAUUCUACAAAGCUUCCUGUUUGAUGACAGUUCAUAGAAAUCACCCAAGUGUCUUCCAAUCUGUAGGCUGCUUCAUCUCAGAGAAAGAAACAUGGUGAUGUGGUUAAGGUCUGACUCAGCAGUUCUAAGUUCCUGCUUCUAUUAUCAGCUUUGAAAGAUUAAAUCACCUGGUUUUGCCUG